AUGUACCAAGAAACGACAAAGCGAGAUUUUCCGGACUUUUUCACAGAAAAGGGCCCCCUGCAACUUAACGUCACACCGAUCAAUUUCGGCAAUUCCACAUACUGGAUGUCGUCCCUAGCAUGCAAACAGAACGAGGGUUUUGCGUCAGCUCCCCUCCGUCCAUAUGAAGACAAUGACACUGGUUUAGUAGAUUGCCAAGAUAUGGAAAAUGAUUACGAGAUAACCUUGAACAAAUCAGGAAAAUUCUUUACUUCUUUCUAUGUUCCUUCUAGUUUGUUACCAUACAUUAUUGGAGCAAAAGCAUCUAGAUUGAAAAGCCUGGAGCGAAGCACAAACACGCAGAUCAAAGUGCCGAAACCUAACGAAAAAGGAAAUGUCAAAAUUACGGGAGAGACAGAGCGAAAAGUAGCCUCGGCUAGAACUCAGAUCUCCUUGAUUGUAAUUCAGAGGAAAGAGAAGCUGCCGAUAAGCCAUUUUGUAUCGAUUCCUAUGGUGUCUGAUUCCGUUAAAGCAAAAAUACUUGAAUUCAAAGAAAAUAUACUCAAAGAUCCUGCUAGGGGAAUUUCAGAUUCGAUUUUCUUAAGUUCAGACAAACUGCAUCUCACUAUAAGCACUCUAACUUUAUUAGACGAUGAAGAAAUAACAACAGCCAAGAAAGUGUUGACGAAUUGUUAUGAAGAAAUCAUAACCAAAGCAUUCCCAAGAAAUAGGACAUACAGCAUACACAUGAAAGGUAUUGAAAUCAUGAAUGAUGAUCCUACUUCUGUAAAUGUGUUAUAUGGAAACGUUGAAAUGGAUGAUCAAGCCCAAUCCCAAAAUCUACAAUAUAUUGCCAAUAAUAUAGCAGAUUACUUUGCGAUGUCUGGAUUGGCCAAGAGACAAUACGAUAGAGUGAAGUUACAUGUUACAAUUAUGAAUUCUAGAUACAGAAAACCUGAGGAAAAACAGGAAAGCUUUGAUGCAGAAGACAUUUUGAAAAAAUACAAAGAUUUCUACUUUGGCGUCAUUCAGUUCAGAAGCAUUCAUCUGUCUGUAAGAUUUACUAGAACAGAAGGUUAUUAUGAAGAUGCUUUAGUAAUAAAAUUGUAAAAAUAAAUUAUUUUAUGCAUUAA